AUGGAGGCCUAUGGAGAGCACGACUUCACGGCAACAACGCCAGAUGAGCUCUCUUUCCGCCGCGGCCAAGUGCUCAAAAUUCUAAAUAAAGAUGAAGAUCCUCACUGGUUCAAAGCCGAGCUAGAUGGUAAUGAGGGUUUCGUACCGUCCAAUUAUAUUCGAAUGAGUGACUGCAGCUGGUACCUCGGAAAAAUAACCAGGACCGACGCCGAGACACUUUUAAAGAAGCCAAGCAUGAACGAUGGCACUUUCCUUGUGCGACAGUGCGAAAGCAGCCCUGGAGACUUUUCAAUUAGUGUGAAAUUCCAAGAUACAGUGCAACAUUUCAAAGUUCUUCGCGAUCAAACCGGCAAGUACUAUCUUUGGGUGGUCAAGUUUAACUCUUUAAAUGAGUUAGUUCAAUAUCAUCGCACUGCCUCAGUGUCGCGAACACAUACAAUUCUUCUUCAAGAUCUUGCUGUAGAGACCAAGUUUGUGCAAGCAUUGUUCGACUUCAACCCACAAGAGAAUGGCGAACUCGCAUUCAAGCGCGGCGAUGUCAUAACAUUGAUGAACAAGGACGAUCCGAACUGGUGGGAGGGCACGCUCAACAAUAGACGUGGAAUCUUUCCAGCAAACUACGUGUGCCCGUACAAUCGAAAUCCGAGCAACACAAACAUGAACUUCACGAAGACUUCGUAG